AAUUUAUCGCUCCGCCGCUCCUGCAGCGAUUUACCUUCUCCCCGACUCAGUGCUAAAUUCUUGCCGGGGCGACCCUUAAAGCCGCAUCGCGGCGCGGAUUGGCCGGAUGGGCUCCACCUCGGCCCUGGCGCAUCUCCAAGGAUGUCCGGCAGAUCGGUGACGUAUGGAGCUGGCCCAUGACUGCAUCGUCGCUUGGAUCUGGAGAUACUUUGGUGCCUGGCCAUGAUGUAAUAGUAAUGUGCAGUGCAGCAGCAAUCAUCCCGCAGUACGAAUAUUCAGCCCUACUCGGGCUAUCCGACCCCGUCCACCAUGAAGUCCUUCACCGUCCUCGCGCUCAGCACCCUCGCUACAACCACGACUGGAAUCGGUUUCAACCCUUUGCACCAUCUGGCUGGUAUCACACCAUACUAUGCCCCUCAGGACCCUCCCAUUGACCCCAAGCCACACCCGGGCUGCAAUGUGACCCGCGCCGCAUACCUGGUGCGCCACGCCGCCAUCUACGCCAACGACUUCGACUACGAGUCGUACAUCGAGCCCUUCGUCGAGAAGCUGCGGAACACCACCCAAGACUGGCAAUCGACCGGCGCGCUCUCCUUCCUCCGCAACUGGACUGCCCCCGUCGACGAGGAGCACCUCGAGAAGAUCACCCGCGUCGGCCUGCAGGAAGCGACCACUCUGGGCCGGAAACUGCACCAGCACUACCCCACUCUCCGCGCCGACAAGGUGUGGACCUCGACCGCUGACCGCACCGUCAAGUCCGCCGAGGGGUUCAUCAACGGCUACACGAACAACCAGUCCGCCGCCCUGGAUCUCGUCCAGGUGGCCGAGUCCAAGUCGACGGGCGCGGACUCGCUGACCCCAUACAAGGCCUGCCCGGCCUACAGCUCCAGCUACGGCAGCGACCAGUCGAAGGAAUUCAUCGACCACUACACAACCCCGAUCAUCGCGCGGCUCGACACGCUGGCCCCGAAGUUCAACUUCACGGCCGAUGACGUGACGGCCAUGUUCGAGCUGUGCGGCUACGAGACGGUGAUCCGGGGGUUCUCGCCGUUCUGCUCGCUGGCGCUGUUCACCUCGGCCGAGUGGCUGGCCUUCGAGUACGCCAACGACAUCAUGUACUUCUACAACACGGGGUACGGCCGCCCGCUGAGCCCGCACAUCGGGCUCCCCUGGGCCAAGGCCAGCUGGGCCAUGGUCUCCGGCGACACCAACACCAGCGAUACGCUGUAUGUCUCGUUCACCCACCGCGAGCUCCCGCCCACGGUCGUCACGGCGCUGGGCCUGUUUAAUAACAGUGCUUUCACCGGCGCGGAUGACCUCAACACCACCAUGCCCCUCGACCAGGUCAACUACAACCGCGCCUGGAAAAGUAGCCACAUCCUUCCGUUUCUGGGCAACAUCGCCAUCGAGCGGUUGGAGUGUGAUGUCCCUGGUUACGAGAGCCCGGAGUACUACCGCGUCUUGGUGAACUCGGCACCGCAGCCGCUGGUGGGCUGUCGCGAUGGUCCGGGUGAGAGCUGCUCCCGCGAGGGGUUCAGCAAGUUCAUGCAGGAGAGAGAGGAGCUGUACGGUGACUUUGGAGGGGCCUGUGGUAACGGGUCGGCUGUUGAUACCUUGAGCAUUUAUAAUUAGUUUGGACGGGGUUGAGGGUGUUGGGGUUUAUGAGUAACGAUUGAUAUAGUUGUAAUAUAC